AUGGACGAUUACCAGACACUCGUCGUGGCUCAAUUCUUCGAGCCACUGCCAAACCUCUCCCAGAUAUCGUGUCACCAGUUCGUCUUGCACCAUAUUGCCCCGAUCAUUUUUCCCAACGCUACCGGCAAGGUAAACGUUCAGCCCAGCCCUUUCCAGGGAAGCAUGAGCUAUACCGCUAUAUUACAUACUCACUCCACGCACGCCGAUCAUCGCAUUGUCGUCCAGUUCCGAAGCGACAAGCAAGACCUCUUUGGAGUCACAGAAGCUAGCCGCAUUCAUGGACCUAUUGUACCCUUGGUAACAUACCAGGGCAUGUACGAAGGGCUGUUUGUGUAUACAUCGCCUUUUGCAGAAGGGACGCCGUAUAUCAGUGUCUUGAUGUCUUCUCAGGACUAUAAACUGCCGCUCCAGAAGAAGAUGGUGACUGUCCUAGACCUUGCAGACCUCGUUACUCGGGGAGCUAGAGCGAACACUACUAUAUCCGACACUACUAUAUCUGACCUCACCUCUACUCUUGAAAAUAUCCGUCAUAAGGUCAAUACCUACGUUUUCCGAAACACAACUAUCAGAAACAGCAUUUCUGCUUGCAUCAGCAAACUCCUACCACAGUUACGCGAUCUCGCCACCCUCCCCGUUACCCUUACCCACCAGGAUCUCGCUCCAUUCAAUUACCUUAUCGACGACUCCACGGGCCGGGUUCAAGCUGUACUAGACUGGGAUGGUGCUCUAUACCUCCCAGUUGGGUCAAAUUUCUAUUUUCUGGAUAGUCUUUUCGGGUUCAUGACCCCAAGUGGUUGGCAAGACACUGAGGAUCGUCAGGAACUCGAGGGGGCGUUUUACAAUCGGGCUCUGGUUAGUCUUGCUUCCCAGGGAGUUGUGGGAAUAACAAAAGAACAACUGGAGUCGCAGAAAGCGAUCGGGAUGUUGCUGUACGGUGUUGAGCGGCUUCUCAAGUUCAAAGACGAACGAGCCGAGCACUAUCUAGAUGGAUAUCUUCAGGGGUUAUCUUUCAUGACGUAUUAG